AUGUCUCAGAAUGGGGGAAUUUACCCAAUAUCUGGUGCAGGCCUGAAAAUAGGUGGAUCGGUGUUGGUUGCAAGAACGGUGCCAAUGAAGGUGGUGGCGGACGUCAGCCCACUUGUAGUCCCUGUUAUAAAUGAGUAUGCUGAUGCCCAUCUUCACAACCUGGUGAAAAACAUGCGACAGAGAACAGCUCUAUACAAGACAAAGUUGAUAGAGGGAGAAAUAUCCUCACCUGAAGACAGCCCACGUACUGCAAAGCCCAUAACUGUACCAUCAACACAAGAAAGCAAUUCUAAUCUUAAAAAAGAGCACUACUGCGGCAUAUUGCAGUGGAGAUUCCAGACAUUGCCUUUGACAAAAUACAUGAAGAGAAUGAGACUUCCAAGAAGCAUAGAUUCACACACAGAUCGACUCUAUCUCCUGUGGCUCUUGCUUGUCACCAUUGCCUAUAACUGGAACUGCUGGCUGAUACCCCUGCGUGUGGUCUUUCCAUAUCAAACACCAGACAACACACACUACUGGCUUGUUGCAGACAUCGCAUGUGAUAUCAUCUACCUUUGUGAUAUGCUACUAAUCCAGCCCAGGCUCAAGUUCAUAAGAGGAGGAGAAAUAAUAGUGGAUUCAAAUGAGCUGAAGAGACACUACAGGAAUUCUACAAAAUUUCAAUUGGACGUGGCAUCAGUCAUACCAUUUGAUGUUUUCUACCUCUUCCUUGGAUAUAAUCCAAUAUUUAGAAUAAAUAGGAUAUUUAAGUACACUUCAUUUUUUGAGUUUAAUCAUCAUCUAGAGUCUAUAAUGGAGAAAGCAUAUAUCUACAGAGUCAUUCGAACAACCGGAUACUUGCUAUUUAUUCUGCACAUUAAUGCCUGCAUUUAUUACUGGGCUUCCAACUAUGAAGGAAUUGGCACAACAAAAUGGGUGUAUAAUGGUGAAGGAAACAAAUAUCUGAGAUGUUAUUACUGGGCAGUUCGAAGUUUAAUUACCAUUGGGGGCCUUCCAGAGCCACAAACUUUAUUUGAAAUUGCUUUUCAACUCUUGAAUUUCUUCUCUGGAGUUUUUGUAUUCUCCAACCUAAUUGGUCAGAUGCGUGAUGUAAUUGGGGCAGCUACAGCCAAUCAGAAUGACUUCCGAGUCUGUAUGGAUCACACCGUAGCCUACAUGAACACUUACUCCAUCCCUCAAAGUGUGCAGAGUCGAAUUCGGGCUUGGUUUGAAUAUAUAUGGUACUCUCAAAGAAUGCUAGAUGAGUCUGAUUUGCUCGAGAACCUACCAACUACAAUGCAGUUAGCCCUUGCCGUUGAUAUGAACUUCAGCAUCAUCAGCAAAGUAGAUUUGUUCAAGGGUUGUGAUAGCCAGAUGAUUUAUGACAUACUGCUAAGAUUGAAAUCCACUAUCUAUUUACCUGGUGACUUUGUCUGCAAAAAGGGAGAAAUUGGUAAAGAAAUGUAUAUCAUCAAGCAAGGAGAAAUUCAAGUUCUUGGAGGCCCUGAUGGUUCCCAAGUCCUAGUUACUCUGAAAGCUGGGGCAGUGUUUGGAGAAUUCAGUCUUCUGGCAACAGGAGGAGGAAACCGUCGAACCACAGAUGUAGUAGCCCACGGGUUUGUCAAGCUUUUAACUCUGGACAAGAAGACCCUUCAAGAAAUUCUAGUGCAUUAUCCAGAUUCUGAAAAGCUCCUCAUGAAGAAAGCCAGAGUGCUUUUAGAACAGAAGGGUAAGCCCAGAAAGGAAACAUCUCCAAGAAAGGGACCCUUCUUCUUCACACCAAAACCAGAGACACCAAUGUUUAAAGCUCUUCUGGGAGAUAGAGGAAAAGUAGAUCUUGGGAGACUGCUCAAACUGAAGAGAGAACAGACAACUCAGGUAAUGAGUGGAAACUCCAAAGGAGAAAGAGACAAAAGAAAAGAAGAUGAAGACAAAGGAAGAGGACCAGCAGAGAAAACCCUGGCCACAUCCAAAGAUGAAGCAAGUUCUAUUACCACACAGGAAAAGCCCCAGUCAUCUAGAAGGGCAGUUUUACCCAGUGAAAAUAGCCGUCAAUCUCUCAUCAUCAGCAUGGCUCCUUCUACUGAAACUGAGAAAGAGGUUCUGACAGAACUCAAAGAAAAGUCUAAGCAAUAA